AUGGAUGCAAUCGAACCACCAUCGUUUUCGCUAGGGUUUGAUUUCGACGCUCCGUCGGAUCCCAAUUCGGGAUUAAUCAGAGACGACGACGACCUAGAAGAACCGGGACUCACGGUCCCAGAUUCCGAACCGGAGCUCGAACCAGACUUUUCAAGCCCAGUUCUCAAGCGAUUGCGGCGGGGAAUUCGUAAUAUCAACAAGCCUUCUGCGAAAGUUGAUACAAACGAGUCAUUAAGUUUCAAGGAGGUUCGAGAUGAUGAUGAUGACGACGACGACGACAUCGAGCAGUUCUCUUCUCCAGAGGUUGCAGCUGCUUCAACAAGAAAUCAAUUCUCUAGUAGCAGCUCAAAGGUCUCACUACAUGCUUAUGGAGCUCUGACUAAACAGCCUUGUACUAUCUCUCAGAGUCGAGAGAAACGAAAGCGGAUUGAUGUUCCAGCAUCUACUGGCUCUGGGGUUACUUCUGUUGCUGCACCAUUGUUUAAAAGCAGCUCAACAACACGUAGUCCUUUACGAAAGUUGCAGCUACUAGAUUCAGAUCCUGAAGAUGACUAUCCAUCAUCCACAACAAAGAGAAAGGAACCUGUAACUACUAUGCCUUGUAAUGGAUCUCUAUGGAAUGUUUUGUCCCCGGCGGCGUCAAAUUCCAAGUAUCAAACACCAGCUCAACGAAGGUUCCAGCUCCUAGAUUCAGACUCUGACGAUGACAACAGAGAUUUAAGCGGAGUAACGCAAUCAAAUCAUCCACAACCAUCUGUUGCAGCAAGUAAACCAAAGAGAAAAGAAUGUAUUGCGGAUCUGUGGAAAGAUUUUUCACCGGCGUCAACUUCUUCCAAGAUUCAAACACCAUCUCAACGAAAGAUCCAACUGAUAAUUUCAGACUCUGAAGAUGACCAACCAUCCACCAACAGAGAUCAACCAUCUGUUGCAAGUAUAUCAAAGAGAAAGCAAUGUAGUGUAGAUCUGUGGAAAGAUUUUUCACCGGUUAAGAUUUCAAAGAUUCAAACACCAGCUUUGGAUGAUGUUUGUCAGGACUAUUUCAGCUCGAUCAAGAACAAGGCGAGUACGAGUAACGCAGCAGCAGCAGCUCAGAAAGCAAACAUUGCUGCUGCAAGUAGUAGCGGAUUGUAUAAGCAGACUGACGAGUUCUUGGAUCUUUCCCUCCCUUGUCCACCAUCUCAUCGUUUCUUCUUGCACAGUGAUCCAAGAAUCCAGAAUUUAGUUAGAAAGCGGUUACCAAACUUCUUGCCUCUGGGAAUUUUGAAGGGUAGAGAGGAGGCUGUGUCCCUUAUUGAUUAUAUGAACCAAUUUAGCAGCAAAGAGAGCUCUAAACCUGGAGAGAAGACAAAGUCAAAGGCUACGAAAACUGCAGCGCCAAAGGAUGCGAGCAAGAGACGUGUUUCAGCUAGCACUGGCUCUGCUGGUCACUGGUUCACAUCCGCAGAAGGAAAGAAGGUUUAUAUAUCUAAAAGCGGACAAGAGUUCUCUGGUAAAAGUGCAUACAAAUGUUACAAAAAGGAGACCGGAGGCGGGUUUAACAAGUCAAGAAAGAAACGAAAGCCAAAGAAGAAGGCCAAGAAUUGA